AUGGCUCAACAGUGCUCGACAAGGCAUGUCGCCGGCAGCCGUGCCGGGUACCUGCCGAUCGAGGACUAUGGCAUGAUUGGCAAUAUGCACACAUGCGCGCUCGUGGGGACGAACGGUUCAGUUGAUUUUAUGUGCUGGCCGGAUUUCGACUCGCCCAGUAUCUUCUGUCGGUUAUUAGACCAAGACAAGGGCGGCUUCUUCAGCAUCUGUCCUCCUCCGUCCAAAUUGUGUACAACCAAGCAACAAUACCUCCCAUCCUCCAAUAUCUUGCAAACCAGAUACAUCCACGAUGACGGCGUCGUCGACGUUGUGGACUUUUUCCCUCGCCCCAAGACCGCCACGGUCAUAUCGAAGAGCACCCGCCAGGGCGCCUUCCGUGAGACGACCAAGAUCCAGGAGGAGCUGAAGAAAUGGCUUGUCCGUCGAGUCGAGUGUAUCCGCGGCCGUCUACAGCUUGACAUUGAGAUCUUCCCGGCCUUCCAAUACGCCAGCGAGUCCCACGUCACCACCAUCAUCGAGCCGACUCACACGGCAAGCAGCCCAAGCAAAGCAGUCACCUUCCACAGCGAGCACUACAAGAUGCAGCUCGACGUCACCAUCGACGACGUCCCCGAGUCCGAGGCGGACGCAUCGACAUCGCCGCGGACGCCGGCGCCACCACCCUCCAUCACUUUCAGAAAGGAGAAGCGCGACGGCAUGCUGGGCGAGGGCGUCGUCGCGCACCUGGAAAUCACAGAGGGCCAGGCCGUUUCGUUCGUCCUCCGGAACGACAAGCCGGACCACGUCACGGAGAACGUCACGACGGCGGUGCUCGACGGCCAGCAGCACGACACGCAGUCGUUUUGGUACAACUGGAUCUCCAAGAGCAAGUACAAGGGUCGGUGGCGCGAGGUCGUCAACCGGAGCUUGAUGCUGCUCAAGAUGCUGACGUACGAGCCCACCGGCGCCAUCGUGGCUGCGCCGACGUUUUCUAUUCCCGAGGAUAUCGGUGGUGUUCGAAAUUGGGACUAUCGCUUCUGCUGGGUCCGCGACUCGAGCUUCACAAUCUACAUCCUCCUUCGCCUCGGCUUCUCCGCCGAGGCAGACGCCUACAUGGACUUCAUCAGCGAGCGCUUCGUCAAGUCGCGCGGGCCCAGCGGUGAGCUGCCCAUCAUGUUCACCAUCCGCGGCGAGACGGAGAUCCCCGAGAUGGAGCUCGACCACCUCGAGGGCUACCGCGGCAGCAAGCCCGUGCGGAUCGGCAACGGCGCCGCGUUCCAUCAGCAGUUUGACAUCUACGGCGAGCUCAUGGACGGUAUUUAUCUGUAUAACAAGUACGGGAAGCCAAUCAGCUGGGAUCAGUGGUGUUCUGUGAGGGAGAUGCUGGAACCCGACAUGUCCAUCUGGGAGGUCCGCAACAAGAAGCAAAGCUUCACCUACUCAAAAGUCAUGCUCUGGGUCGCCUUCGACCGCGGCCUCCGGCUCGCAGAUAAACGCAACUUCCCCUGUCCCAACCGCAGCAAAUGGCUCGAAGCCCGCGAUAACCUAAUGGAGGAGAUCAUGGAGAAGGGAUACAACAAGGAGAUGAAGUGCUUCGUCCAAAGCUACGAGAACAACACCAUGCUCGACUCCUCAAUCCUCAUCGCCCCGCUCGUCUUCUUCAUCGCCCCCAACGACCCGCGCUUCCUAAACACAAUGGACCGCAUCCUCAUGCCUCCCGAAAAGGGCGGCCUCACCAGCACAGGUCUCGUCUCCCGUUACGAUACCGACCUAUCAGACGAUGGCGUCGGCGGAAGAGAAGGCGCCUUCAGCAUGUGCACCUUUUGGCUUGUCGAGGCAAUGACGCGCGCCUCCGUUUACGAGCCUAAAUACCUCGUUCGCGCCGUCAAUUUGUUCGAGAACAUGCUCAGCUUCUCCAACCACCUCUCCAUGUUCUCCGAGGAGAUUGCCCGCAGCGGCGAGCAGCUGGGCAACACGCCCCAGGCUUUCAGUCACCUGGCCCUCAUCAGCGCCGCUUUCAAUCUGGACCGUGUUACCGGGUUUCAGCGGUGA